GAAACAUGAAGGUCAUCACCUGUGAAAUAGUGUGGCACAAUAAGGAGCCGGUUUACAGCUUGGAUUUCCAGCAUGGAGCGGAUGGGAGGAUCAAUCGCCUGGCCUCGGCUGGGGUGGACACGGCCGUGAGGAUCUGGAAAGUGGAGAAAGGCCCAGAUGGAAAAGCCAUCGUGGAAUUCCUGUCCAACCUGGCUCGCCACACCAAGGCCGUGAACGUCGUGCGCUUCUCUCCCAGCGGGGACAUCCUGGCCUCAGGAGGGGAUGAUGCUGUCAUUUUGCUGUGGAAGCUGAAUGACAGCAAAGAGUUGGAGCCGUUGGUUUUUCAGGAUGAUGAUGAAGCUCAGCUCAACAAGGAGAACUGGGCAGUUGUUAAAACUUUAAGAGGCCACUUGGAAGAUGUGUAUGAUAUUUGUUGGACCUCAGAUGGGAAUUACAUGGCAUCUGCUUCUGUGGAUAACACAGCAAUCAUGUGGGAUGUCAAUAAAGGACAGAAAGUUUCAAUAUUUAAUGAGCACAAGAGUUAUGUCCAAGGAGUAACCUGGGAUCCUCUAGGCCAGUAUAUUGCAACCUUGAGUUGUGACAGGGUCCUGCGAGUUUACAGCACCCAAACCAAGCGAGUGGCCUUCAAUGUCACCAAGAUGCCAUCGGGCUCAGGAGCUGAAGGAGAGGCGAGGAGUUUUCGGAUGUUCCACGAUGACAGCAUGAAGUCGUUUUUCCGCAGGCUCAGCUUCACUCCUGAUGGCUCCUAUCUGCUCACUCCAGCUGGCUGUGUGGAAUCAGGAGAGAACGUUACCAACACCACCUACGUUUUCUCCAGAAACAAUCUUAAAAGGCCCGUGGGUCACCUGCCCUGUCCUGGCAAGGGAACUCUGGCAGUUCGCUGCUGUCCUGUGUACUUUGAGCUCAGAGGAGCCUCUGCUAAAGAUGAAAUCAGUCCCAAAUCCCCCCCUGCCCUGUUUAACCUCCCCUAUCGAUUGGUGUUUGCUGUUGCUUCUGAAGAUUCUGUGCUUUUCUAUGACACUGAGCAGUCCUUCCCCUUUGGUUAUGUCUCCAACAUCCAUUACCACACCCUGAGUGACAUUUCAUGGUCCAGUGAUGGAUCCUUCCUGGCCAUUUCCUCCACGGAUGGGUACUGCUCCUUUGUCACCUUCGAGGAGGAUGAGCUGGGAGUGCCCCUGAAGGAAAAGCCCCAGAUCCACGUCAGGACUCCUGGUGCAGCAGCAGACAAGAAAGCCAAGAAGAGCCAGUCCCACAAAGUGAUUUCUCCAGGUUCCAGGCUGGCAGAGGGGACCCCUCCCAGCAAGGAUCCCCCACUCCAACCCCGAACCCCCAGCAGUGCUGGGAAGGAGCUGCCUUCCACCCCUGUUGGCAUCAAAACACCUCCAGUGCCAUCCCCUUCCACCCCUGCUGGCAUCAAAACCACCCCAGUGCCAUUGUCAGAGGAGAGGAGGAGCAGCCAGGCAGCCACCCAGAGCAGCAGAGCCCCCCAGCCCAGGAGGGUCACCCUCACCACUCUGCAAUCCUGUUUCAAAACACCCAGGAGAAUAAAUUUGAUUUCCUUGAAGCCAGACACCCCAGCCUCUGCAUUUCCAGACCCAGCUCCCGUCCCUCCUUCCUCAGAACAGGAACAUGAGAGGCCACUGCCAUCUGAUGAGAGCCUCCAAGCUCCCCCAGCACCCAAACGUGCCAGGAUUGAGGAAUUGUCCCUUCCUGCAGCUGCUGGAGACCAAACCAGCUGUGAGUCCAACAAAUAAAGGCUGAGCAGACUCCUCACAGCCUGAAGUGAAAGCAGCCAUGUCUGAGUGCAUUUCUUGUUGCAAAAAUUCCAUCCUCAAUUCCCAGUUCAAGUUCCCUGUGCAUGUUUAAUGUAAAGCUGUGAAGAAACUGCCAGUAGAAGACCCAGGUUUCAGGAACUUGGUUCUGCAGCAGGAGAAAUAGUUGGGAAGUGACUUCAAGGAAAUCAGGGAAAUCUGAGGAUUAAAAAUCCAUCCAGUAAGAUGUGAGUCUCCAGCAGAGUCCUUAAAUCCGUGUUUAUGUCUUCCAGUAACUGUCUGGCAAAAAGAAUCGAAUGCAUUCAUAAGAUUUGAUGUGGUUCAAGACCUAAAAAAAAGAGGAAAUUGUGUCAUUCCAGCAUUUUGGUUUAUUUCUUGGGUAGAAUAAUGCUCCCCAGUAGCUGUGGGGUGGAGCUGAUUCAUUCAGAAGGCAGCAGCAAAGCUCAGGACUGGCAUGUGGAAACAGAAAUGGGAAAAUUGAACUG